AUGGCGACCACGGCAGGACCUCUUACGAUAGUCAAUUCGAAAUCCCCCAUAAUCUUGACCCCAAUGAAUAUGUUGUCUCCUCUACGCCAACCGUUGUUGCUUCCUAGAUUUGAGUUAGAAGAAGUGUACUCACCUAGUCCCCAUGAUUCCCCUGAAACUUUGGCUCAGACCUACACCAAAACUCAGAACUUUGUCGCCAAAGUGAAAGCCAUAUGGAAUGACAUGUAUCUCGAAACGUUGAUAACGCAGAAAUCCAAACACUUCGUAGUGGCUCCUCCUGAAUUCGGUAAGGGGGAUCUAGUAGUGUUCUCGUCCGACAAGCCACACGGCCCCAAAUACGAGAUUGCGAGGGUAGACAGAGUGAGGACCAAAGAUGAAGUGCCAGUAGAAGUAGACUUGGCUGCCGGGCUGGGCCGGCCCGGGCCGGCCCGGCCCGGGCCGGUGUUCGGGCCGGCCCGGCCCGGGCCGGUGUUCGGGCCGGGCCGGGCCGAAGCAAAAUUGAAACGGGCCGGGCCGGGCCGACCUCUUCCGGCCCGCGGGCCGGGCCGCAAAUUUCGGCCCGGGCCGGCCCGGCAAAAUUAA